CCUCAACUGAACUUCGCCGACUUUGUUUUGUUUAAAUUUUAAUUUAUUCGCGAUAAUUUAUAAUAAAACUCAAGUGCUACAUACCUGCAAAUUUACAGAAUGUCGUCUCCAUGUGAAGAAAGCGUGCGUCGAAACAGUGAGAGCGAAAGUGGAGAUCCAGAAGCUACGGAACAUGAUCCACACUUCGAACCCAUCGUAUCUUUGCCCCUGGUAGAUAUUCAGACUCACGAAGAAGAUGAAGAGGAGCUGGCAAAGAUACGAGCUCGUCUUUAUCGCUACGACACCGGCGAUCAUGAGUGGAAAGAAAGAGGUACAGGUGACGUUAAACUUCUUCGUCACAAACUGAACAACACUGUGCGGGUUGUAAUGAGGAGAGAUAAGACUCUGAAAGUAUGCGCUAAUCAUUUCAUUACCCCAGAUAUUAGAAUGAAUGUACAUUGUGGAUCCGAUAGAGCAUUCAACUGGUCUGUAUUUGCUGAUUAUGCUGAUGAGACAUGCAAACAAGAAUUGCUGGCCAUCAAGUUUGGAAACCCUCAGAAUGCCGAACUAUGGAAGGCAAAGUUUGCAGAAGCUCAGGAAAUAGUGAGGACAAAAUGUAGUCUUUAUUGUCAGGAUCAGUCAUCUGAUGAUGAAAGCAGUAUAACUAGAAGUGAGGAUACUGACACACCUGAACCAAAGAGUACUGAAAAGUCUUCAAUAAAUGAAAAAUCGGACAAAGAUGAUGAGACAGACUCCGAUGGUGUAGUACUAAAGCUUAAGGAAUUGAAAGUUGAAAACAAAAAAUCAGAUUAGGUUAACUAACUUUAACAAUUUUAACUAUGUUUGUAAUGACAUAAUAAGAAGCCAAUAAGUCUUUUCUCUAUGUAAAUAAAAAAGUUUAAAAUUUGAGGCACUAAAAUGGAUUUUAACAAAAUUUAUUCCUUUUACUGUUCUUAGGAUGAAAUAAUUUUUAAAUUCUACAUUACAAUUUCAAUAAUUGCAUUUACAUGUUGAGUUGAGAAAAUCAAUGCUCAUAAACAUACAACAACUUUCGUGCUUUGAAAGAAAUGUUUUUCCGAACAUCUUGUAGAAUUCAUGAAUACUAUAAUAAUUGUGGGGUAUAAAAUCUAAAACGCUGUCUAAAAAAUAAAAGAUCCGGCGACUUUACAUCUAAUGGUUGGCAGCAAACAUAACAGUCAACAAAAAUCAUAACAUAUUUUUAAUAAUAUAAUUUAGCAAUUUUAAACCCUAAAUUCUAAAUUGGGCUCUGUAAUAUCACAUUUUUUUCUCCCUUAUUUUCUUUAGCUCCAAUGGUUUCGUUUUGUGACGGUACAAAACCUUCAUGUGAAGUGAAACAGAUGAAUUUUGUUAAAAUUAAUAAUAUAGCAAAAGUAUGAAUUGACUGACUGUACAAACUGCCAAUGUAUAAUAAGAACAACAUACCUUUCAACCUUUGUUCUAGCACAGUUUCAAGGUUCCAAAGCUCUUUUAAUUUUUUCUGCCCUAUUCUAGACUACUUAAUCAUAUUUUCUUCCAUUUUUACCUUAAUUUAAAAUCAAAAUCUGUUGGUAAAUACUAUAAAUAUCAAACACAAGUUUCUAUGUAAAUAACAUCUGGAGCCUCUUGAUCUAUUUUAUUUUGGUGGUCAUGAUUGAUUGCUUCUAACAUGUUAAAGACAUUAGCGUUUUUGCUUCUCAACUUCAAUUUUGGAUUCUUUUUUUUAUGAGACAAUGGGAACAUUGCAUUGGAAUGAAUUAAAAUAUAAUAGUUUUAAUCUACGCUGCUAGAUUGCAUUCAUAGUUUGAAUAAGAUCAAAAAUAGACAGACGUGUUCUUGCUUUCGUACUCCUUUUAUGGUAUUUAAUAUAUAAAAUCAAACACAAUACAUUGAAAAAUAAUAUUAACUUUGGUAGAAAUUAAUGUCUAUUCAGUUAUUUGUUUUUAAAAUUGAAUCUCAUUCAUAAUUUUUAUUACAGUAAUAAACUAUUAUCUCGAAUCAACCAUAACUGGCAGCUAGAAACCGAAUAUUACUUAUUAAAUAUGGCUUCUUACAAUGUAUUGUACAGAUUUUUCUUAACAUUUCGAUAGUCGUUGUUAUGAUUAAAAAUUUAUACAAAUAUGUUUAGUACUAAAGAAGCAUGUUGCUUUAUAAAAUAUUUUUCAUUUGCUCAUUUCUAUGUAGAUUUAAUAGAUAUUACUGUUUUGCACUUGGUAUGAUUUUUUACUGCUGUAAAUAAUGUUUUAGUGUGAAGAAAUUUUCCUAAUAAAAUGUCAGAAUUUGAAACAUCUAUAUUCGAAAGUUGAGUCCUGUAAUAAAAAUAAAUGCAGAGAAAUAAUAUAUGAUCGUGAAAUUUAUCAAACAUCUUUCAGUAGAUUGGUGCCAAUUGGGGGGAAUAGAGACUAGAGUUAGAAUAGGGGCAAAUCUGUGAUGUCUCAAUACUUUUGUUGAAUUGUUAGAUUCAAUUUUGUUGAACUGAAAAUGACUUAUGUAUUUAGUUGUGAAUAUUAAAUAGUUUAAUUUAGU